AUGUGGAAGUUGAAGAUAGCACAAGGCAAUGAUCCUUACUUGUUUAGUACCAACAAUUUUAUUGGUCGCCAAACUUGGGAGUUCGAUCCUCAUGCCGGAACUCCGGCAGAACGACAAGAAGUCGAGAAUGCUCGUCAGUAUUUCCUCGAUCGGCAAAAGCAAGGUUUCCAAGCAUCUAGUGAUUUGCUCAUGCAUAUACAGUUGAUGAAGGAGAACGGAAUUGAUGUACUGGGCGUGCCACCCGUGAGGCUGGGAGAGAACGAAGAUGUGAAAUAUGAAGCGGUGACGACCGCAGUCAGAAAAGCAGUCCGGUUGAGCCGAGCCAUCCAAGCAAAAGAUGGUCACUGGCCUGCGGAACAUACUGGUCCUUUGUUCUUUACUCCUCCCCUACUUAUUGUGUUGUACAUAAGUGGAGCCAUUGAUACACGUUUAACAAGAGAACACAAGAAAGAGAUUAAACGUUACAUUUACAAUCACCAAAGGGAAGAUGGAGGAUGGGGAUUUCAUAUCGAGGGACAUAGCACCAUGAUGGGAACUGCAUUAAACUACAUAGCCUUACGGAUAUUAGGAGAAGGGCCAGAUGAUGCAGUCGUAAGCCGAGGCAGGAAGUGGAUACUUGACCAUGGGGGCGUGGUCGUCAUCCCGGCAUGGGGAAAAAUUCAUCUCAGUGUCCUUGGAGUGUAUGAAUGGGAAGGGUGCAACCCAAUCCCACCAGAAUUUUGGCUUUUCCCUAAAGCUUUUCCUUUUCAUCCAGCGAAAAUGUGGUGCUAUUGUCGAACGACCUAUAUGCCCAUCUCCUACCUGUAUGGGAAAAAAUUCCACGGCCCCAUCACUGAUCUUGUUCUUCAACUGAGGCAAGAGAUUUAUCGGACCCCAUAUGACGAGAUCAAUUGGAACAAACAUCGCCAUAACUGUUGCAAGGAGGAUCUUUUUUACCCUCAUUCAACCCUCCAAGAUCUAUUGUGGGAUGGCAUUCACUACUUCAGUGAGCCAUUCUUCAAGUAUUGGCCUUUCACCAAACUAAGAGAAAAAGCCCUCGAAAGAGCCAUUAAGCUGAUUCGUUACAGCGCGGAAGAAAGCAGAUACAUUACCAUGGCAUGUGUAGAAAAGAGCUUCCAAAUGAUGGUUUGGUGGGCAGAGAACCCUAAUGGAGAUGAGUUCAAGCAUCAUCUUGCUAGAGUGCCUGAUUUCUUGUGGUUAGCAGAAGAUGGAAUGAAGAUGCAAACAUUUGGUAGUCAACUAUGGAACUGCACACUUGUAACUCAAGCAAUAAUCGCGACUAAUAUGGUCGAAGAAUAUGGGGAUUCCCUUAAAAGAGCCCACUUCUAUAUCAAAGAAUCUCAGAUCAAGAACGAUCCGGCUGGAGAUUUCAGAAAAAUGUGUCGGCAGAUUAGGAAAGGGGCAUGGACGUUCACCGACCAAGAUCAUGGUUGGCCUGUGUCGGAUUGCACAGGCGAAGCACUCAAAUGUCUUCUGUUACUAUCCCAAAUGCCAGAUGAAAUUUCAGGAGAAAAAGUUGAUAACCAACGAUUAUACGAUACUGUUAAUUUCCUCCUUUAUGUUCAGUCUCCUACCAGUGGAGGGUUUGCUGUUUGGGAACCACCAGUCCCUCAGCCUUAUUUACAGAUGCUGAAUCCUUCAGAACUAUUUGCCGACAUCGUUGUUGAGAGAGAGCAUGUUGAGUGCACAACAUCAGUCAUGCAAGCUCUCAUUGCCUUCAAACGCUUGCACCCCGGACAUAGGGACAAAGAGAUAGAAAUUUCUAUAGCAAAAGCAGUGAGUUAUCUAGAGGGUACUCAAUGGCAAGACGGUUCCUGGUAUGGCUAUUGGGGGAUAUGUUUCAUAUACGGCACAUUCUUUUCGCUAAGAGGCUUAGAUUCUGCUGGAAAAACAUAUAACAACAGCGAAUCAGUUCGUAAAGGAGUCAAGUUCUUACUUUCGACACAAAAUGAAGAGGGCGGAUGGGGAGAAAGCUACAAGUCUUGCACUAUGGAAGUAUAUACACCGUUGGAUGGUAAUCGGACUAACAUAGUUCAAACAUCAUGGGCUAUGCUCGGUCUUAUGUCGGCUGGACAGGCUGAAAGAGAUCCAACGCCCUUACAUAAAGCAGCUAAGCUCUUGAUUAAUUCACAGAUGGAUGACGGAGACUUCCCUCAGCAGGAGUUUACUGGAGCCUCCAUGAGGAAUUGCAUGCUACACUAUCCACUGUACAGGAAUACCUUCCCAUUAAUGGCACUUGCCGAAUAUCGAAAGAGAAUCCCAAUUCCCGCCAAAGGCAAUAUCACACGAUCUAAGCAUGUUUUCGAGGGUUUGAAUGGUCCGCUCGCUCUGACCAUUGAUUUGAGGAUGGUAAGUUGUACUCAACUUCAUCCUCGUACCCAAUUCCUUCUGUAA